AUGGCGACCGCUUCUUCAAAUGUCCAUACCCACCAACACGAGGGCACCUCGGAUCUUGGGCCCAAGCUCGUCAACCGGUUGCGUGAGAGCAGAUCGCCAUAUGUCCGGGCUCACAUGAACAACCCGGUAGCAUGGCAGCUAUGGGACGCAGAGGCCAUCAACUUGGCCCGACGGUAUAACCGAUUGGUGUUUCUCAGCAUAGGUUACUCCGCGUGCCAUUGGUGUCACGUCAUGGAAAAGGAAUCCUUCAUGUCGCAAGAAGUCGCAUCGAUCCUCAACGAAUCAUUCAUCCCCAUCAAGGUUGACCGAGAAGAACGCCCCGACAUUGACGACGUCUACAUGAAUUAUGUCCAGGCCACCACUGGAUCGGGCGGUUGGCCGCUGAAUGUCUUCCUGACCCCCGACUUGGAACCCGUUUUUGGCGGCACGUAUUGGCCUGGCCCCAACGCCACCACAAACCCCGGCCACGAGACAAUUGGGUUUGUUGACAUCCUUGAAAAGCUACGAGACGUCUGGCAGACUCAGCAACAACGGUGCCGCGAGAGUGCGAAGGACAUCACAAAACAACUGAGGGAGUUUGCAGAGGAGGGGACGCACUCGUACCAAGGCGACCGAGCAGCUGACGAAGACUUGGAUAUCGAGCUCUUGGAAGAGGCGUACCAGCAUUUUGUUUCGCGAUACGACACCGCCCACGGGGGCUUCUCCAAGGCCCCCAAAUUCCCCACGCCUGCUAACUUGAGCUUUCUUCUCCGCCUCGGCGUCUACCCUAGUGCUGUGGUGGAUGUUGUGGGAAAGGAAGAGUGUGAGAACGCAACCGCUAUGGCGGUGAACACGCUCAUCAAUAUGGCCCGGGGAGGAAUCCAUGACCACAUCGGCCAUGGCUUCGCGCGGUACAGCGUGACCGCGGACUGGGGCCUGCCUCAUUUUGAAAAGAUGCUCUAUGAUCAAGCCCAACUGCUCGACGUCUAUAUUGAUGCAUUCAAGAUUACACACAACCCUGAGCUGCUGGGUGCGGUAUAUGACCUGGUCACCUACUUGACAACCGCUCCUCUCCAAUCAUCGACCGGUGCUUUCCAUUCUUCCGAAGAUGCCGACAGCCUACCCAUGCCGAACGACACAGAGAAGCGCGAAGGCGCAUUCUAUGUUUGGACCUUGAAGGAGUUGACUCAAGUGCUCGGAAGCCGCGAUGCUGGAGUAUGUGCCCGUCAUUGGGGAGUUCUUCCGGAUGGCAAUAUCUCCCCUGCAAACGAUCCCCACGACGAAUUUAUGAACCAGAAUGUCCUCUCCAUCAAAGUGACACCAAGUAAACUAGCUCGGGAGUUCGGGUUGGGCGAAGACGAGGUGGUGAGAAUUCUGCGGUCGGCCAAACAAAAGUUACGCGAGUAUCGGGAAAAGAACCGUGUGCGGCCCGACUUGGAUGACAAGAUUAUCGUGGCCUGGAACGGUCUGGCCAUUGGCGCGCUGGCCAAAGCCAGUGCUCUGUUCGAUCAGAUCGAUAGCUCCAUGGCGUCGAAGUGCCGUGAAGCCGCCGCGAGAGCGGUCAGCUUCAUCAAAGAGACACUGUUCGAGAAAUCUACGGGCCAGCUGUGGCGUAUCUACCGGGACGGCAGCAGAGGUGAUACUCCCGGAUUUGCUGAUGACUACGCAUAUUUGACGAGCGGGUUGCUUGAGAUGUAUGAGGCCACCUUUGACGACAGCUACCUGCAGUUUGCCGAGCAGUUGCAGAAGUACUUGAACGAGAAGUUCCUCGCAUACGUGGGGUCGACUCCUGCGGGUUAUUAUAGUACGCCUUCUACGAUGACUCCGGGCAUGCCGGGUCCUCUUUUGCGACUCAAGACCGGAACGGAGUCGGCCACGCCCUCCAUCAACGGGGUGAUUGCGCGCAAUCUGUUGCGGUUGGCCAACCUCCUUGAAGACGAGACGUAUCGCACCCUCUGUCGUCAGACGUGUCACUCCUUCGCUGUCGAGGUCCUGCAGCACCCGUUCCUCUUUGUCGGUCUUCUGGACGCAAUCGCCGGCUUGGAGGCGGGUACGCGUACCAUCACGGGGGUCCUUUGCACUUCGGCUAUUACACAUAGCACUCCGGAGUCAGCCAGCGAAGGUGGCAAAGUGGACGAACCGGAGUGUGCGCGAAAUUUGAUCAUCCAAAAGAUCCGAGCAGAGGCGAAGUCGGCGACCCCCACUUCGACGGUCACGACGGCGCUCGUGGACAUCCGAUCCUCCCAUGUGGGUGACUUUGUCGGCAAUUCGUCAUUCUGGCUUCGGAGGCGGAAUCCGCUGUUGAAGGAUCUCAAGCCGUCGGAACCGGCGAAGAACUAUCUCCUGAUCUGUGAGGCCGGUAGUUGCAAGAUGGUGGACAUAUAG